AUGGAAAGUUCUCGCCACCAAUACAAAUUUAUAUGCGUACGCGAAAGAAUCAAAGAACUACAGUCCGCACCACCGAUCUUGGUAUCCACAACACCGGAAGAACUCAAGGUUUUCGUCGACGCUCAAAUAUAUAUGGGAAUUACUAAGGAACCAGAGCUAAAAGAUUACUGGGAUGAUGGUCUUGAUAAUAACACUGUUCAUGCGAAUCACCCAUCAUCUGCUUAUAUAACGCAGUAUCGAUAUGAGCAAUUGAAACGAUAUUUUCAUAUAUUUCUACCUCCCGAGGUCCCUGGAGGCUUCACAACAACUCGCUACCCUCCAGAGCCUAUCCUGGAGCAAGGAUUACGAAUGAGUGAAGAGCAAUUGAGCGGUAACCUCAAAAAUCUCUAUAUUCCUUUAGCGGAUAUAUCUAUUGACGAGGCAAUGGUCCGAAGCCAUGGAAGAUCUUCUCACACCUUUAAAUUACCUAAUAAACCGAUCAGCCAAGGGUUUAAGCUAUUCGUGCUCGCAGAUCAUGGUUAUGUUUACUAUUUUUAUCCAACAAGCCGUACAAAGGGGGUCAUUGAGGACGAACGCAGUUACAAUGUGUACCUCGACAACUAUUUUACUACCGUUGAUCUAUUCAAAAAACUUCGCGAUAUACAAAUUGGAGCUUAUGGCACCACUCGGCAUACUUCCGCCGGCAAGGAUUUCCCGGAUUUAUUCAAGAAACUGAAGGAUUUAAGCAACUACGUCCCACACCAUAAAGUUUGUGCUAUCCCUGUCCGAGGUGUCCUUUGCCUCACUACAAUUCAUACUGUUAACAAGACAGAUGAUUAUGUUGAGCGUGAGCGCCGAAGACCUCAAAAGACUUCAACAAAUGGGCUCUUAGUACAUCGGGAAUUUGGGGAUUAAGCAGUCAAAAACAUGCUAAUUCCACGUUUUAUUGACGAUUACAAUUAUUAUAUGGGAGGGGUGGAUAUAGCCAAUCAACAGCGAGCUGAGUAUGAGACUCAUACAAAGACCUUUCGCUCGUGGUGGCGUUUAUGGAACUGGUGUUUAGAUGUUGGUGUUAUCAACGCCUGGAAACUGCAUUCUUUAUAUUGUAAAGAGCUGGGAAUAGCUUCAUAUUCUCAAGUGGAAGUCCGAAGACGGCUUUGCAAACAGCUGUUAUCCUUCAGACCCCUAAGUACGGUGUAUCAAAUGAAGCCGAUGAAGCGCAAGACGGAGGACCUACAACUGCUGUAACUACGAUUGAAUGGUUCCUGUGUGUACGGGAAUCCCCAGGUGUUGAGUAUCAACACCGGAAUAUUAGCUAUUCCGGUUCCCUGGGGAUUUCCCCUUUACCUGCAUGUAAUUAUCCUUCUCCUCCCUUUUUGGGGAGCAGUCAUAAUAUUCGCUGAGUCUGUAGGCAAAACUUCAUCAUCUAGAGAUUCAAUACAAGAAUCGAGUCGAGCACUGACUGCUGAUGGAGUCGGAUCAGGAGUUUGAGAUGGAAAUGAUGGGCCUAUUCCUGGAUCUUGGGCUGUUGGACUCCUAGAUAGCCUAGAUAUCAAGUCUUCAGGAGGUCCAUCGCUCCGAUAGCCAUCGUUUAGAGCGAGAUAGUUCGGACGAUUUCCACGAGUCUGCAUCACCAGCGGAAAAGAUCGAGAUCUGUAGGCAAAUCUAUGGAAGGGGAAAUAAUAGAGGUAUUUUCAACGAGAAGACUGUGAGAUGCCAAGAGCCUGUCGAUAUGAAGCAGGAUUGAUCAUAUUGGUACUAUGUAGCGCAAAUACCAAGCAUAAGAAAGGGAAGGGAAGAAGAGUAAGAGACGAAGCUAUCUUCAGCUGUUUGAUCUUAUUUGUGUGUCACCUGAUUGUUGCACGUGAUAUAUUGCGAAUAUUAUUCGCAAUGUUUGUGAAUUGCGAAUGCGAAUAACGAAUAUUGCUGAUUACUGCGAAUAUUCGUAUUCGCAACAGCCCUACUAGCACAAACUCAGUUAAGCUCAAUACUCAAAGACGUCUUUAUAGUGGGAAAUCUUGAUAUUGACCUAAUUCUGCG